GAGAGAGCAGAGACCGGCAGCACAAGGCAGCAGCAUGUCUGUUUCUAUCUGACGACUCUUGGAUCUCCCUGAGCACAGCUGUCGGGCUGCUGCUGCUGACGACUUGUGUGCUCACUCAGUGAGGGAGCGCUUGAGCGCGUAGUAUACACCAGAGUUUACCAGUGGCUAUGCAUGUUCAACUCUACUGGUUUUCAUAGCACUACCACACGUGUGAGAAGAUUUAACCAGCUUCGCACUGGACCUGACUCAACACCCAUGAUCCCCAGCCAACCCUGGCAUACCCUCUCAUUAAGUGAAUCAGUCUAAGAUGAUGCAGGGUGAAGUGGAACAAGAAGGACCUUCCACACUGAGGUGUAGAUGAAGAGCUGCAGGCAACAGUCGGAAUCCAACUUCUGAGCAAGAUGGGAAAUGCCUCCGAAACAUUUCUGUUCAUGUCUAAAAUAUCAAAAGACAAUGACUUCAUCAUGGGAACUCUCUACACCAUUUUUGGUGUGCUGUCGGUGCUUGGAAAUGGCAUCCUGCUGUUUGUGGCCUAUAGAAAGAAGUCCUCCUUAAAGCCAGCAGAGUUCUUUGUGGUAAACCUGUCCAUCAGUGACCUGAGCAUGACCGUAACCUUGUUUCCAUUUGCAAUACCUUCAACCUACACACACAUGUGGUUGUUUAAUAAGACAACCUGUACUGUGUAUGCCUUUUGUGGUGUUUUGUUUGGCCUGUGCAGUCUGACCAACCUAACGGUGCUCUCCUGUGUCUGCUGGCUCAAGGUCUGCUGUCCUAACUACGGUAACAAGUUUUCAUAUGUCCAUGCAUGCCUGCUGGUUGCAGGCAUCUGGUGCUACGCUGGAGUCUUUGCUGUCGGUCCCCUGUCGGGCUGGGGAGAGUACGGGCCUGAGCCUUAUGGUACAGCAUGCUGCAUCAACUGGCAUGCGCCGAACUAUAAUUCUGCAGCUAUGAGCUACAUCGUCUGUCUCUUCUUCUUCUGCUAUAUUUUGCCCUGCACUAUAAUUUUUCUUUCCUACACAUUCAUCCUGCUGACUGUCCGUGGCUCACACCAGGCUGUGCAGCAGCAUAUGUCCCCACAGAACAAGAUCACCAAUGCACAAACGCUUAUCGUUAAGCUUUCAGUGGCAGUUUGCAUCGGUUUCCUGACAGCAUGGAGUCCAUAUGCUAUUGUGUCCAUGUGGGCAGCGUUUGGUAACUCAACAACUGUACCACCUAUAGCUUUUGCUGUGGCAGCUAUCUUUGCCAAGUCCUCCACCCUUUACAACCCUAUCGUCUACCUGGCUUUCAAGCCCAAUUUUCGCAAGUCCUUGUGUCGAGAUGUGGCGAAUUGCAGAAGGAGACUCUGUGGAUGUUUGUGCCAGGGUGGCUCUGCAGAGAAGGGAAUUUGCAGGCAGUCCCAUCACAAAGAAGAAUGCAACUCUACAAGGUUAUCCAAUGGGUUACCAGAGAACCACAGGACCUGCAGACACUGUCCUUGCCCAGAAACAGACACCGGCAAUAGAGAAAAUUGUAUAGACUACAGUCCUCAGCAAACCGCCAGGAUUCUUCAAGGAUCCGUACACAGUGAAGUGGCUGUCAGCCAGCUCUCCAAUGAGAUGCAGAGUGACUUUCUCUAGAGGAACAAGUGGAACUAGACAACAAGUCACUGUAAAAAUGAAGUAUGAAGCAAAAAGUGGCACGAAUGAACCCCAAAUAACAGUAAGUGCAAGUUGGGGGGAAAGUGAAAAUGCAAUCAAACAAACAAACAAACAAAAAUGGUAAGACUGAUUUAAAAGAAAAAAAAAAGUUUAAAACUACUUUCAUGCCUCAAAUAUGUGACACUGCCAAAAAAAAAAAAGUGGUUAAAAGCCAAUACAGGAGGAUAAGCAAGCCAAACAUUUCACUGGUGUGUGCAUCAGCAUUUUAUCAGGUCAAAUUAACAAGUGUCAGCAACUAUCUGAUCAGUUCAAGUGUAAACCAAGACUGAAGAGUCACCAUGCAAGUCAUUUUACCCUGGACUUGGAGGGAGGAACUGACAAUGAAACUUCCUACUCCCUGAACCACAUUUUAUCUGUUUAUUACGAGUACUGUAUUUAAAUAUUAUGUAUUUAUGUAUGCCUCAAAUUGAAGGACCACAGGGUUAUUGUUAUUGUUGUUGUUGUCUUUGUUGUUGUAUCUAAAAUGAAAAGAGUGCUUUCACCUCAUUGUCGAGGAGAAAUCAAAACCUCUACUCCUAUAGUUAAAGCAGACACUUUGGGUGUUAAUACAAAGCACUUAGGGAAAGAUUUGGCUUGGUGAACCACCUUUUUGUCCAGAAGGUAUAUCUGCAGGGAGGAGAUGUUGUCUUCUAUUUCCAUUUUUCCUAGUCACCUCUGUCCAGGCAAGAAGAUCUUGAUGGAGUGGAGAGUGUCAGCUGUUUAGGCAUUUCAGCCAUUUUUUAUAGUAAGCCCUUUUUCAGUGACUCAAAAGUAAUUGGACUAACUAACAUAAUUUUAUUGUUUUCAAUACUUCGAUGAAAAUACGUUGCAGUCAGUCAUUGCCUGAAAUCUAGAACAUGGACGUCACCAGGUUGUUGAUUUCACCGGUCCUAAUGUUUUUUCUGAUAUGUCCGUGUAUGUUCUCAGUAAUCCAGGUCAUGGUAGUCAAAGGAGAUUGGAAAGAAAGCAACUGGACUUCUUUGUGAAGGUCUUUCACCUGUCAUCCAAGAUGCUUCUUCAGUUCUGAAGUUCAGAACUGAAGAGGUGAAAAGUCUUCAUGCAACAUCUUCACAAAACUUAAAGAAGUUCAGCCACUUCCUUUCCAAGCUCCUUAGACUAUCUCUCUGAUAGAUUUUCUAUGACUUUUUAGCCUAAUGCACAAUGAAAAUAUCAACAUUUAGAGUGAACAGCUACCAAAAAGCAUGUUCAGCAAUUAACUCCAAUUCUUUCAUCAGUUUUAAUUUGUCGUAGAGUAACGAUGGAACAGGUCUCAUCUGGGCAUGAAACCUUUUGACAGUAAAUCGUCCAGUUACAUUUGAGCCUCUAAAAUUGAGGGACAUAUAAAAUUGAAAAAAAUAAAAUAAAAUAAAAUACAAUACAAUAAAAAUGACUGUAAUUUAUGAACUUAAACUUUAGGUUAUUGCAGUUACUUUUGUUAAACUUCUUGUCUGAUUUAAAACUCACCGUGAUGGUGUGCAGAGGCAAAAUUGCCAAAAAAAAAAAAGAAAACACUGUCCAAAUACUUAUGGACACUACCUGUUUGUGAUCAGAACUACAUUGAACUCUGUCAGUGAUUCUCUUUGGGUGGUUUUAGCAGAUUCUGAAGACCAGUUUGAAAGAGCAAAAAGAAAUUUCUUUGUGCAGAAUUUCUGCUACAAAUGAAUUAGUAUCUUUUAUGACAUUAACUGUGGAAAAGACUCAUUAAAAGGCUGAUUGAUGA